CUUUUGCAUACAUGAACACAGAGGUGAACAUGGAGAUGCAACUCUGCUCCAUCGACCGUACCUACAUCCCUGAGAUCAGCUGGUGAACAGACUUUCUUUGGUUUCUUUUAACAGACACAAAAGGAGCUUUUGAACCUCAUAACAUCCCAUUUCUGAUGUAGUUUUAUAGUUUUCAUAUUUAUAAUGGCGGUUCCUCAGAGUUUGUGCCUUCAGCCUCUUCGGGUGAAGAACUGAGGGUUAGAGUCAGCUUUAGAGACACAGCAGCAGAAAAACUGAACUUCCUGUUCUGGUUUUUAUUCGUGUGGUCAUCGUAUUUCUCUCCAUAAAGUCUGUUUCAGAGUAAGUCUCCUCUGAAACCUCCCUCAGACUCCUCUCUGUUCCUCUAAAGCCAAAGGCCUGCCGCUCCACAUGGAGCUCUGGGCUGGAAGGCUGACUGAGCAGCACUGACGUUUGGGCUUCUUCAGGUUCUGGACAGCGACCGGUUGGUGUUGCAAAAGAUGAAGAAAGCUGCAAAAUCCAAGUUCACGUCAGGACAAGAGCACGUGUCUCACCUGGAGCAGUACAUCAACUCCAUGGAGAAACUCUCCGUCAACUGUCAUUCAAAUGGGGAGACGGAGGUUGGCUCCGCAUUCUGCCGCCUGGCAGAUUUCUCCAAAGAGUUCCUCUCUCCCAUGAAGAACCUGGUGAGUUUCAUCAGCACCAAGACAAAAAAACCAAAGGUCUUACUAAAUCCCACCCUAAACCUCACCCUGACUUCCUCCUGACUCUACCCUGACUCCAUCCUUACUCCAUCCUGACUCCAUCCAUCUUGAUUCCAUCCUUACUCCAUCCUGUCUCCAUCCAUCCUGAUUCCAUCCUAACUCCAUCCUGACUCCAUCCAUCUUGACUCCAUUCCGACUCCAUCCUGACUCCAUCCCGACUCCUUCCUAACUCC